AGCUUAGGGCGGGCAGGGGUCCUGGCUCCCUUCCACACACCCUCGCCCACAGCCAUGAAGGAAUACACGGAGAUCAUUCUCUACCCUGAAGCGCUGGAGCAGAGCAAGGAGAGUGCCAGCUCCCCCCCUCCACACUUGCCAAGCUUCUUGCUGACCGAGUUCUCCAACCCAGCCCUCGAGAAGGACAGCGAGGCACCAGCCCAGGGUGAACCAGGCGACGAGAACGGCGGCGGCGGCGGCAGCGUGAAGCUCUCCGCCAACGGCUUCGCCCAACAGGUCCAGGAUGUGGCAAGCCGGAAGUUCAAACCAGACUGCAAGUUCUCCUGGCUUUGCGUGGCGAUCCUCAGCACGGUCCUUCUGCUGCUCUUGGCCCUACUGGUGGUCAUUAUCAUCCUCUCUCCUUGUGGGGGGACCCUGCAUGGCCCCAAAGGUUCCUUCAGCUCCCCCAAUUACCCAGCCCCCUACCCUCCCAACAGCCUAUGCAGAUGGCACAUCCAGGUGACAGAGGGGAUGGCCAUCCAGCUGAAGGUGGAAGUGCUGGACAUUGAGAGUUCUGCAUCCUGCCUGUAUGACCGGCUGGAGAUUUACAAGGACCAGGAUGCUUCCUCGUCGUGGGACGGAAGCAGCAAGUUCUGUGGUAACAUGGCUCCCCCCACAAUCAAUACCAACAACAACCGGAUGCAAGUUGUCUUUGUCUCGGAUGAUAACUUUGCCCCCUCGGGUUUCACUGCCUGGUAUCGGGCCAUUGCACCCAGUGAAAAGAACUGCUCCUGGGAAGAGUUUCUCUGCGAUCAAGGACGCUGCCUGUCCCCAGCCUUUGUGUGUGACGGUCACCCCGACUGUGUCGACCAGAGAGAUGAAGCCAACUGCAGCACGAAGCACAACGAAUGUGGGGGCACCCUGACCGACUUGGAGGGACAGUUCUUCUCCCCCAAUUAUCCUCAUCCAUACCCACCUCUUCAGCUCUGUCUCUGGCUGAUCUCGGUUCCUCCGGGACACGUGAUUGACCUCCAUUUCCACAACUUCAGCCUGGAAUCUCAGGAAGACUGCAACUACGACUUCGUGGAGGUCUAUGACAGCGGAGGAAUGGGCACGACCAGCGUCAUGGGGAAGUUCUGCAGCUCUGACCUGCCCCCAGUCCUCACCUCGUCACAACAUGUCAUGACCAUCCUGUUCGUGGCAGAUGAGGGCGUGGCGGACAUUGGGUUCUUUGCCACCUACCAUGCCCACAACACCACAGAAAAAACAUGCGGCCCCUCCGAGUUCUCCUGCAGGAACGGCGAAUGCCGAGCCCAGCAGCUGGUGUGCGACGGUUGGAGCGACUGCUGGGACGGAAGCGACGAGCACAACUGCAGCAGCAGCAGCAGCACAAGCAGCAACCCCUCUUACCCGUCCGUAGAGCUGUCCUGUGAGCCCGUGAGGGUGGAGAUGUGCCUGGGGGUCAGCUACAACGCCACCUAUUUCCCCAACAUCUGGCUGAACAUCCCAGACCAACAGCAGGCGGCCGAAGUGCUCCAGGACUAUCUGAUGCUGAAAGACCUCUCUUGCUACCCAUCCCUCCGCUUGCUGCUCUGUGGCCUCUUCGUGCCCAAAUGCACGCCCAACGGGGGCAUUCUGCAGCCCUGCCGCUCCGUGUGCCGGCUAGCCGAGCAGCGCUGCCAGGAGUCUCUCCGUCUGCUGGGCACCCCCUGGCCUCUGAACUGCAACUUUUUGCCCGAUUCCAGCAACCCUUUGGAGUGCUUCCUACCCUGAAGGACUGCUCCGACUGGAGAACGGCAGACCUAAUGCUCCAGGGGCUGCGGGGCCCAACACCCCAGUUCUCCUGGCCUGGAGGGAGCCCCUCGGGAGACCGCCAGCUCCGACCAAGAAGAGCUUGGGAUCUGGCCACACCAGGGUUGACCCUCCUGGGUCACCCAUGAAGGAGCCUUUGGAGCAAGCCCUCGGCAAGAGGGAGACACAGGGUGGGAAACCAGGGGCACAAUCUAGCUCAAUGGGCCCCACCUCCAACCCCCUGCUUUCCCUCCCUGUUGGAUUUUAGAUUGUAAGUCCCUCAGGGCAGGGACCUGUCCUCUUUUGCUCUGCUCCUUGACGUCCAGACAUAACAGCCACGAGAGAGGCUGCACAGUCCUCUGUAAUCUCACUAGGAAGGGCUGUGUUUCGUCGAUCCAUUAAAAAAGGUCCCACCUGGAUUUAAGAGGUGUCUCUUAGCAAUCAGGCAUCCAGGCUUCUUUUAAUGUUGCUUUGAGUGUCAGCACUUACAAGCUCACUGCUGGCAGGAAAAGGAGGGAAUGCCUCUGAGCACAAGGCUCCUCUCUUAUCAAAAUGAUAGGCAAGUUUAUGCAGAUUUAAUGGAUUAACUGAAUGCCAUACGAUUAGUUCCACUCAGAGAUGAUUAAUGGAAUGACGUCCCAAACAAUAAUGCUUGGCUAUUUUAAUUGACCAGAAGCUAGCUCCACUUGUUCGCUUCUAGUACAGCUCUGUGUUGUCCUUGAGUAAUGGACUGCAUGGUGAAUUUUCAGGCAUCUCUGUUCCAGCUCCGUCCUCCUCUCUCGGGGCAUCUGGGCACCCAAGGCUGAGAACCCCGGUGCGAUUCAGAGCGUCUGGGCCUCAGGGCUGGCCUGUAUACUAGACAGAGUGAGGCAGUCAUCUAGGGCACCUGUUCUCAUGGGGGGCGCAUAAACAACGCCAGAAGAUAGCCCUGCCAGUUUCCCCUCUCUCCCUGCAGUGAUGAGGUGUG